AUGAAUGGCUUGUUCUCCUUACGAGAUCUAGAAAUGGAGAAUUGUAAAGCAGAACGCCUGGAGUUCUAUGCUCUUGCGGAACGAAGUAUUAUCCUGGAAAAACCAGUCGCCGGUCUAAGUGGUAGGUCCAAAGCCAGCAACACCGACAGUGAAUCUGGACUCUUCAUCUCCGAAGAGGUUUGUCUCCCUCAUCCUUGA